AUGGAGCCACUAACUAAUCCCAACCCGGACCGGUACUCUAAGGCGUUGGGCCUAACUUUCAAAGGAUCAAACACAUCCGGCAAAAUCUGGAUUUUUGCCGAGGAUAGAGCCACUUUUGACCUUGAGGAAGAUUUGGAUCAAGUCCUACAUGGAAGGCUCACCUCGCACCGCAUGGCGAACCAUAUUUCCAUCUCGGCGGUCUAUGCUAAGUGUAAUAGAUUGGAGCGACACCCUUUGUGGGAUAAAAUGAGGGAGAUUUCAACUCGGACGGAAGGAACACCGUGGCUGAUUGGAGGGGAUUUUAACACGAUCCUUGCCCAUGAAGACAGGGUUGGGAGUGAAACCAAUAGGCAAGCUGAGAUGAUUGAUUUUGCCGAAGCCAUUGAAGAUUGUAGGCUUCUUGACCCAGGGUUUGAUGGUGCGGAGUUCACAUGGGCCAAGAAUGGUUUGUUUGAAAGGCUGGACAGGAUGUUUGUUAGUGAGGCAUGGACCAACGCGUUUGAGGCAACAAGGGAGCAAAAAGCCCUUAAGGCUUGGAACAAGGAAGUCUUUGGCAAUAUACAUGCCAACCUCAAAGCGAAGAAGGAAGGGACCGCGCAAGCUCAAGCCGACUUUGAGGCUGACACGCCUCGGAAUAGGACUGAGAUCAACAAGAGCAUUGCCGAGUAUAUUCUCCCACUUCGGAUGGAGGAGGACUUCUGGAGGCAAAAGGCCGCACUAAGGUGGCUUGCGGAUGGUGAUAAGAACACCAGUUUCUACCAAAGCUGGGUGAAGCAGAAGAGAGUUAGACUUCGAAUACACUCCAUUAAUGUGGAUGGCCGGGAGAUUGCGAAUGAAACAGAGAUACGGCACUCAGCGAUUGAGUUCUUUCGGAGCUUCCUUGCCCUGGACACCCCGACACUUGAGGAACCGAACCUUGAUCUAAUCCAACAACUUCCCCCCUUAAUGGACCUAGAGGAGCUACACAACCCACCGGACCCUAAGGAGGUGAAGAAAGCGGUGUUUGACAUCUUCGGGGACAGUGCACUAGGCCCGGAUGGCUUUUCGGUCGUCUUCUAUCAAACUUGUUGGGGGAUCAUUGGAACGGAUGUUGUGGAAGCUAUAAAGCAGUUUUUUCUUAGGGCAUACCAUUCUCGAAGUGUCAUGGCUACCAACAUUGUCCUUAACCCGAAGAAGGCCUCGCCCGAGACAUGGGCCGACUAUCGCCCCAUAAGCUUAUGUAUUGUCUUUAACAAGAUCAUUACAAAAGUACUAACCGCGAGUCUUGCUCCUUUCUUGCCUCAGGGUGCAAUGGAGCUUUUUGAUCAAGUCCUUAUUAAUGGUGCCCCAGUCGGGUUCUUCAAAUCUACUCGAGGGCUCAGACAAGGAGACCCCAUCUCCCCGGCACUUUUCAUGAUUGCUGCAGAUUAUCUUUCUAGGGCCCUCGACAAGCUCAUUCUUGGCAAGAAGGAGACGACCUUUAAAGCCUCCAAGAGGUGCAUGGAAAUCAGCCAUUUAGCCUAUGCCGAUGAUAUUAUUAUUUUCACCCAAGCAACCUCAAACCCUUUGCGCCGGCUUAGAGCGUGUCUUGACGGGUAUGAGGGGGUCUCCGGGAAACAGAUCAACCUCGCUAAAAGUAACUUCUAUAUUGCCGAAGUACACGAGCAAUGGGCGCAUGCAAUCCAAAGUGAAGGUGGUUUUGCUCGUGGGUCUUUCCCCUUCCUCUACUUGGGGGUCACCAUAUACUGUGGAGUCAAGCGCACGGAAAUGUCCAUGUUCAUUCGUGAGAUGAUUGCUAGGAGGAUAUCCGGAUGGGCGCAUCGCCACUUAUCCUUUGGAGGGAGGUUAACUCUCAUUAAGAGCACCCUUGAGGUCCUAUCCACCUAUUCCAAGCCAUAG